AUGGACGGUGGAGAUGAAGUGGCGGGAGGGAGGGUGGCCGGUGGAGAUGAAGCAGUGGACGGGGUCUUGGAAGUGCAGGAGGGGAAAGAGGAAGACGAGGAUGGAGAAGAAGAGGAAGAAGAGGAGGAAGAAGAGGAAGAGGAAGAGGAGGAGGAGGAGGAGGAAGAAGAAGAGGAGGAAGAAGAGGAGGAAGAAGCGGAAGUGGAGGAGGAGGACAUGGAGGAAGCAGAAGCAGAAGAGGAGCAAACGAGUCCCAACUCCCUCACGGACGACGACCCGUCUCCCCGCUUCCUGGACCCCUCAGACCACUUCCUGGACGUCUUCUCCUCGCUCUCCCUCGAGUCCGCCCCGCCACUCUUCUGCGCCGCCUCGCUGCCCUGGCCAGCUGGCGGAGAUGGAGCGGCUCAUUGGCCCAGUGCUCUACACUGGCUGGCGGAGAUGGAGCGGCUGAUUGGCCCCGUGCUGUACACUGGGUGCUCGGGAGGGGUGGCGGGGAGUGCAGUCGGCACCACUGAUUUCCUGCGCACCUAUUUCCAGCCCUUCUUGGGCCAGCUCGCGAAGAUGGAGCGGCUGAUUGGCCCGGUGCUGUGCACAGGCUGCUCCGGGGGAGCUGGGGGGAGUGCCGUGGGCACCAUUAAUUUUCUCCGCACGUAUUUUCAGAUUCUGGAAGUGAGCGGGCUGCCGGACGUAGACCAGAGCAUCACGGACCAGAGCAGAGCGCUACGAAGCACUUUCAAGUCGACUCAAAUCAAAGCUCUCCUUCCCAUCCCUCUCCCCACCCUAACCCUCCCCCCCCCCUUUCCCCCUCAGAUUCUGGAAGUGAGCGGCCUGCUGGACAUAGACCAGAGCAUCACGGACCAUGCGGUUACCCUAUUCCGCGACUACGUGGUGUCGGCAGGCGGGGCUCGGAACCGCAACAUCGAGGCCCUAGCAACAGCAGCCGUGGUGCAGGCCAUGCGCGAGGCGCAGGAGGCCCGCACCCUCCAGGAAGUGUCCCUGGUGGCGGGGAUUGCUGUGAAGGAGUUGGGGAGGAGUUUGAAGGGGUUGAUGGAGGUGCUGCGGCUGCAGCAGCCUGUGAACUCCAACUCCGUGUCCUUCCACAUGCCCCGCUUUGGGUCCAUCCUGCAGCUCCGCAAGUCCACCCAGGUGGGUCCUUCUAAACGCGCCGCAACCCCAUCAGCAUCAGCACCCCCCUUUCACCCACCUUGUGCUUUCCUUCUCCCCCCUGUCUUUCCCUCCCCUCCCCUCUCCCCCUCCUCCACCCAUCAGGACUUGGCAACGCACGUGGGCGAGGUGGUCAUUUCCAAGUCAUUCUGCACGCGCCGCAACCCCAUCAGCAUCAGUGCUGCGGCCAUCUACCUCGCGUGCCAGCUAGAAGACAAACGGCGCACACAGACUGAGAUCUGCAAGGCCACCGGCCUCACAGAGGUGACGCUAAGGAAGGUGUACAAGGAGCUGCUGGAGAACAUAGACGACCUGCUGCCUCCGGGAUACGAGCCCACCAUCCCUGCCUGCAGGGUCGCCAGCAUGCCGCUCUCUGGCCAUGGCGCAGGGGGCGGGGGAGGGGCAGGAGGUGGGGGGAAAGGGGGAGGCGCAGGAGGGGGAGGGGGAGGAGCUGGUGUCUCGAUUGUUGAGCCCUUUUCCGCCAUGGCCGCAAUUGCCAAGUGCGCGGUCCCUUCCGUCACGGGCCCGAGGGCGACACCGAUCCCGACCUCCGUGCAGCGGCUGCGAAAUGGCACGGCGAACGCGUUAGUAGCCGUUAAACUCACAAUCGACGAGGCGGGAAGUCAUGUGGUCUUCUCGAGGCGUCUCUCCCGCUCCCUGCGCGUUUCCCCGUCACUGUCAGGAUUAUCGACAGCACCGCCACGUGGCAGCAGACAAGCGACCAGAGCCAUGGCUGGUAACCAAUCAGAAGGUGGCGACGGCUCCUCUGCUUCCGAUCUGAGCCGCGUCUGUGUGGUGGGCUGUGGAGGGCUGUGCAUCGACUAUCUCGCCACCGUCACCUCCUUCCCCCACCCAGACGACAAGAUCAGAAGCACUUCUUUCGAGGUGCAAGGGGGAGGCAACGUGGGCAACACACUCACGGCCAUCUCUCGCCUUGGCCUCUCCACACGCAUUUUCACAAAGCUGGCGGACGACCUGGUGGGGAAGGCGAUGAUUGCAGAGCUGCAGGGGGAUGGCGUGGACACGUCACACAUCAUUGUUGGCAAGGGGGGCAUGUCUCCAUCAACAUACAUUAUUGUGGAUCAACAAACCAACACGCGCACGUGCAUCCACACGCCCGGCUCCCCACCCCUACUCCCAUCGGAGCUAUCAGCUGCUGCCAUCACAUCGCUGCUCGCUGGGGCUUCACUCGCCUACUUCGAUGGCCGCCUGGCCGACACCACCAUUCGGAUAUGCCAGCAGGCGGUGGCCAUGGGUCUGCCAGUGCUGGUGGACGCUGAGAAGCCCCGAGAGGGGCUGGACGACCUGCUGGCCCACGCCACAUAUGUCGUCGUUUCCGAGAAGUUUCCUCAGGCAUGGACGAGGGAGGAGACGCUGGGAGCAGCCCUGCUGGCCAUGGCAGUGCGCCUGCCAAGGGCACGCUUCAUUAUAGUCACACUGGGGGCGGCCGGAUGUGCCAUGCUGGACCGCCGGGUUGCUGCAGCCGCGGAUGCACGCAGUGAGGAAGUGGACAGGGCACUGCAAUGGGUGAUCAGAGCCGCGGAGGAGAAGGGCAGCAAGCAAGGCAACCCUGCUGUCUUCUCCUCUGGGCCUCUGCGUCUGAAAUCAUCGGCACAAGGGACAGAAGUUGCCGCCCAGCUGGUGGCAGCGACAGCUGUGCCCUUGGAGGCAGGGCAGGUGGUGGAUACCACCGGCGCUGGUGAUGCCUUUAUUGGUGCUGUUCUUUAUGCCAUUUCUGCUGGUUUCACAGUUGAUCGCAUGCUCAUACUCGGAGCUACUAUUGCUGCAGCGAAGUGCCAAGCUCUUGGAGCGCGUCAAGGCCUGCCCCGCCGUGACGACCCUCGCCUCGCGCACCUUCUUGAGCCUGAGCGUGCUGUUGCUUCUGUCUCCCUCGCCCUUUCAACCCCCCACUCACCCAAACUUCCACCCUCCUUUGCGCUGCUCUUUCACUUGCUCCUUUCCAUGCGUUGCUCCCAGGGCGGCGGUUGGUGCACGACUGCAGCGGACUGCCACCAGCGUGCCAAGACCUUCCGUGGCUCCUCGCGCUUCUGGCCGAAACCCACGGAUGGCAACUUCACGAAACUGAUGAACGAGUACCGCACUCAGUUCACUGGCAUUUUGAGCGCAGACACCAUAACCAACCCCGUUUUUGGCAACUGGAACCUGGCCGUGCUUAUGUACUGUGACGGAGGGGCGUAUAUGGGGUACAAGGGCCGCGUGGCAGUGGGCUCGUCGCGUGUGUUCUACUCUGGUCGGCGAGUCGUCAUGCUGCUGCUGGAAGCAUCAGCUGUGCUUAUAACGGGUUGCUCAGCAGGGGGGCAGGGGGUAGCGGUGAGUUGUGACUGGAUGGCUUCUCGCCUUCCCUCAACCACCACUGUCAAGUGCGCCAUUGACGCUGGAUACUUCCUAGAUGAGCCGGACCUGGUGGGGCACUUCUCGUUUCGUGGCAUGAUGCAGCGCAUGAUGGUCAGUCAGUGGAGCGAUGCGUCCUUCGACCCGCAAUGUGUGAAAGGCUAUCCCCGCACUGAGAAGUGGCGCUGCAUAUUCCCAGCCAACGCCCUCCAGCACACCCAAACGCCAGUUCUCGUCCUCAACUCAGCGUUUGACCUUGCAGCGCUGGCCAUCGGGCUGACCAGAGGCAACGUUGAGGCCAUGACCGGCUCGUAUGAGAGCGUUGUUCCGUGUUACCAUUCUGACCGCUUUCUCUCCUGCCCCAGGAGAAUUCGCAAGUAUGUGGGACACCAUGCUAUAGUGCUCAGGAACUCGUUACAAGCAUUGGUGCAGAAUUGGCGAAAAGCAGGGGUGCAGUCAACAGCGGUAGUUCCUAACAAGACAAGCCAUUGUACCAUGGCGUAUGACAAUUGGUCUGUGCCUGAUGGUAGUGGUGUCAGGCUGAGGGACGUGGUAGCUGCUUGGUUCUUCAAUAAGCAACUGUAA